CGGAGGCGGAGGCGGCGCGGGGCCCGCUGGGAACCGCAGUCCCGGACGCCGCCAUUUCUCCCUCCGGCAGCGCAGGGGCCCCGGCCGCGGUGACUCUGGGCAUGGAGAGCGGCUUCGGCUCCGACUUCGGCUCCGGAGGAGGCGGCGGGGGGAAGCUGGACCCGGGGCUCAUCAUGGAGCAGGUGAAAGUGCAGAUCGCUGUGGCCAACGCACAGGAGCUCUUGCAGCGGAUGACGGACAAGUGCUUUCGGAAGUGCAUCGGGAAGCCAGGCGGCGCCCUGGACAACUCCGAGCAGAAGUGCAUCGCCAUGUGCAUGGACCGGUACAUGGACUCCUGGAACACAGUUUCGCGAGCCUACAAUUCUCGUCUGCAGCGGGAGAGAGCCAAUAUGUGACGCCAGCCAGCCUCCAGGCCGAGAAGGGACCAUGUGGGGAAGGGACGAGCGGCCAGUCCAGGUGGUUAGGGGUGAAUCCUGCAGCCUUCUCAGCCCCUGCUGUGGCAGAGCAAUAAAACCUCGCUGAACCUUUUGCAUCCAUUGGCUUUUAUUAGCACCAUCUCCAGGAAAGAGUGAUUUUUUAUUUUUUUUUUCCCAUGAGCUGCUUGGUUUACUUCUUGCCCUUCACAAGUGUCCAGACUGGCCCAAGGCGUUAUAUAAAUGGAUAAAUCCCUGUUGUAAAGGUUGCAACAGGCAGGGAGCCUUCUGUGGAAAACAAGGGCUAAGCCAAGCCAGCAACACAGUACCCUUGCUCAGGAUUCCAGCAUGGACCCAUCCAUAAGGUAGUCCCUUUUCAUUAGUGGAAAGCUGCUAGAAUAUUAUCCACAAGCCACCUUGGCUCUUUCAUCCUUUAUAUCUGUAUAGCACUAUCUGGGGCUAUCUUUGGGCUCAUAGGUUUUGACUUGGUGUGUUGGGAAGAAGGACAGCCUCACAAAUAGUUGUAUGAGCACAUCUAGGGAUGAACAGGGUUGGGAAGUGCUUACAUUCUUUAUAGAAUAAAGUGUGUUGUGUGGCUGUGAUAC